AUGGCGCAGACUGCAAGACCGAGCAUGGAAGGGCAGCAGCCGCGGAAGACGAGCUUCGGAUUCCUUCGUCGGCAGAAGUCUGGCGAUGUCCGCCCAGCUGCCGACCGCAGUACUUCCUCAAGCAGCAGGCUCAACAAGAAGCAGAAGGCGCUCGCCCAAGAGGAGCUCGCUCGGCAACAACGCGAAGCCGAUGCUGCUUCGAAAGAACCUCCACGCCUUCCCUCACAUUCCCCACUACCCAAAAUACACACCUUCGGUGCAGACGAGCGACCCGACUCCAUCGCAAUCAUCUCAAACCAGCUUCGUGGCUACGCACCAGCCGGGAACUACAGCAGGCCUGCAACCGAUUCCAAGAUGAGCCCGAGUCCACCUCACGGCGUCUCGGUGCCUCCCGUACCUGGCAGCUCACCAAGCACUCGGAACGGCGAGUACAUCGACCCAUACGCGAGGACUGAAAGCAUGACCCAUCGAGGCCGCUACAGCUACGCCAGCAGUGCUGUGAGCGCAGUGAAUAGCCCAAGGAGGGUUAGGAGAAGGAAGGAUCCUACGCCUUUCAACAUUCUCAUUGUCGGAGCCAAGAACUCUGGCAAGACGUCGUUCAUCGACUUCCUUCAAACCUCACUUAAGCUACCGGCCAAGAAGAGGCACAACACUCCGUCUCCUCCUAGAACCGCACUGCCUCCGGACUCACCCUUCACCUGCGAGUACAUCGAGAGUGAGAUUGACGGCGAGAGGAUCGGCCUGACGCUGUGGGACUCACAAGGCUUGGAGAAGAACAUCGUAGACCUGCAAUUGCGAGAAAUGUCCACGUUCCUCGAGUCAAAGUUCGAGGAAACCUUUACAGAAGAGCAAAAGGUCAUUCGAGCACCCGGCGUGAGGGACACUCACAUCCACUGUGUCUUCUUAAUAUUGGAUCCGGGCAGACUUACGGCCAACAUCGCCGCUGCCCAGCACACGGACACGCACGCCUCGUACAAGUUCAACACCCACCAGCGCUUCGUAGGUGUCCUCGAUGACGACUUUGAUCUUCAGGUCCUGCGGACGCUUCAAGGCAAGACAACUGUCAUUCCAGUGAUCAGCAAAGCCGACACAAUCACCACGGCUCACAUGACUCUUCUGAAGAAGUCAGUGUGGAACAGCUUGAAGGAGGCCAAGCUCGACCCGCUCGAGGCGCUUGAACUCGGCGACUCUGACUCCGAAGAGGCUGACCGCCUUGACGAGCGCGACGAGGACGACUACCUCCAUUCCUCUUCCGAUAAUGACGAGAAGCCUACGAUGCCUGGGAAGUCCUCGGCGCCAUCUUCUGACGAUGACCAUUCGGACAACUCCUCAACUGACCUGUCAUCUCCGCCACGUGACGCAUCACCUGACCCUUCCGGAGCCAUAUCGGUCAACAAAGUCCGUCUAGCUGCGGGUCACGGCCGCACCGCGUCCGCAAUGUCUGCCCGUCUUGCGUCAGCCGAAGCCAACGGCGAUGACGCACGCUACCUCCCUUUCAGCAUCAUCUCUCCGGACACUUAUGAGCCAGGUAUCAUCGGCAGACGGUUUCCGUGGGGCUUUGCGGACCCAUACAACGCCGAGCAUUGCGACUUUACAAGGCUGAAGGAGAGUGUCUUCGGCGAGUGGCGGGCGGAGCUGAGGGAAGCCAGCCGAGACCGCUAUUAUGAAGGGUGGAGGACCAGCCGGCUGAAGCGGACCCCAAGAAAGACUACGGUUGCGGCUAGGGAUAGCAACACGAACGGCGCAGCGAAGGCGAUCAGCUCUAGCCCGUACACCGCCGACUAUCAAGGCAGUCCUGAGGCUCCCAGGCAGCUGUAUCGCGGCGUUAACGCCUACCAGUAA